CCAACAUAAAUGUCAUAAAGUGUUACUGAAAACCGAAAAUGGACGAAAGCGGUGUUUCAUAAAACUUCGUUUGAAUUUACUGAGACUUGUUGAAUAAGAAUAAAGUUAUAAAUUGUAAAUGUGCGCAAAUGAUAGUAUUAAGAAAUUAAUAAUGAAGAUGGCGCCAGGGUAAUUUAAUCACAGACAUACUGUGGAUCAAUACUUGAAGCCUGAAGGGAGGACAUUGUUACCAGAAAAUCCUCUAAAGAGGUAAAAUAUUUGAAUACUUGUGCAUUAAAUUACGUAAAAAUGAUGAACAGGGACAAACGUGAGCCAGAGUACCCGACGGAGCUGGAGUCGGAAUUCAUAUUACGGCUUCCAGACGAACCUGCGAAGAUACUCAGAGAAGUGUUGAAAACGGGCGACAAUCUCAAGAAUCGCCUCACCAUCCAGAUGGACAACGACAUGAGGCAUGGUGAAGUACUUGAUCACUGGCUCAUGCAUGCCAAGAUCGUCGACCUGCCGACCGUCACAGAAGCUCUCAAGACCAUUGACAACAAAAGCUUUUACAAGACAGCAGACAUCUGUCAGAUGAUGAUUUGCAAAGACGAGCCUGACCAACCAUCUACGGAAGAGGAGUCACCUGCCAAGAAAAAGAAAGACCCUUAUAAGGUAGACAAGAUUUUGUGGCCCCACGGCAUAACACCGCCGACGAAAAAUGUUCGCAAACGUCGCUUCAGAAAGACGUUGAAGAAGAAGUAUGUAGAAGCUCCCGAGAUAGAGAAGGAAGUUAAGAGAUUGCUCCGUGCAGACAACGAAGCGGUCAGUACCACUUGGGAAGUCAUAACAGAAGAAGAUGAACAGCAUCCAAAACAAGAGCCCACGAGCACUGUAACACACAUUAAGCCUGAAAAGAAAACCAAAGCUGAACGUAAUCCUAAGCGUGAACCACCUUCAGAUGCCACUAAUCCGGAAUCUUCAAAUGUUGUAGACAUCUUUGGAGGCGCUGUGAGUGACAGUGAUUUGGAGGAUGAAAACAUCAAUGUAGAAUUGGAAGACAGCCAUCUGUCAGCAUACGACAGCCGUCUCUCAAAGACUCAGCACGAGAUAGCUGGAAUGGAGAACUUGGCGCUGCGCCAGCGAUUCCAGGACAUUUUGCAUACUCUGAACCAAGAUAUCAUGUACAAGGAAAUGGAAUACCAAGGCAUGGUUACGCUUCAAAAUUCUGAUGAUAUAUGACAUAAAAAGUAAAUGACUGCUAACUAAUGCAGUCAUGAUUGAGCGGAUCAGUCUCGUGCCCGAUUGUGGCAAUCAAGAUGGAGAGAAAUGGGGGUUUUACUAAUACAUUUACCUUUGUUAUGGAUGUCUAGUAUUUGAUCUGUAAUCUGAUUGUCUAGUAUCAGUAGUUUCUAUGGCGUUGUAUGUCGUUUGAACAUUCUGAAUGUCUAUAUACUUGUUUACUUAGGGUACUGUAUGUAUACAUAAUCCUCAAAUGUGCACAUAAUAUAUUCAAUAAUUUUUGCACAACUUAUGUGUAAUAAUCAAAUAUGUUUUACAUUUCCAUAUCCAUACCAUGAAUUUGUAUUAAACCAGUGUCGCUCAUUGUACGGAGCAUUCAAUUUUAAUGGAUUUUAUGUAAUCAUAUCUCGGAAGUUGUAAUGUUGUAUUUAAAAUAUAGUUGUCAUAUAUAAAUUUGCAGAUGAUGAGAUAAGGCACCAUCAAAGUAUUAUGUAUAGUAAUUUUUGACUAUUAGAUUCUAGCAAUAUGUAACAUAUAUAUUAUAAACUUAUUAUACCCUAAAGUAGUAAGGUGAUCUGGCUUGUAUAUCCACUGAACAUAUUGUUCCAUGACAUUGUAUACUGUAAUCAGGAACUCCUUACUAGACAUAGAAGAUUAUUCAAAUAAAAUUUUACAAAUUUGUCCUUGGAAUGGUAAAUAUACUAUUUAUGUAUGGUAUUAUGUAUCUAACAUGACUGAAGAAAUGGUUGGAAAGUGAAGGAAGACAUGACAGAAGUAAAGGGAGUGAGGAAGAUGUUUAGAAGGGAAGGAAGAUAAUAUAUUGGGAAGAAUGAACAACACAUUGCUGUGAAUUGCUGAAAGCUGAUUGGGGUCACCCAAGUAAAUUGUGAUGGCAAGAGAAUGAGAAUAAUAAUUAAAUAUUAAUAAUAAUGAACUAGUCUGAACUUUAUGCUUAUACUAUUUAUGAUCUAUUAUAUCUUUAUGUGAAAUAAAGGAAUUUUAAAACUUU